GUUCAUUUUCCAAAGCACAUGGCGCGCUGUGAAUGUGAGCUUUCCACAACAAAUGCAGAAAUUCAGUGAAAAUUCCGGGUUAUAACGACACUAUAGUUCUUUUACAAGCCUCCAUGGGUUACUGGGCUGUUCAUACUGGUGCAAAAAGACAAUAAUGGGAAUACAGGGCCUCAUCGAGUUCAUUGAACGCAACUGUCCUCAAGCUUGCGUUCCUGUUGAUCUACAGAAAAUUGGUCGAGGUCGCAAGAGGAGCAAGACAGGCGAAAAUCCGUUCUAUUUAGUAAUCGACGCCGACAGUUGCCUCCACCGACUCUAUGGAGGGAGUUUCUCUGACUGGGUAUGUGGUGGCCAAUGGAAUUACAUGUUCCAGUUUAUCGACAACUUAGCUCGAGCCUGCCGAAGUUCAAACAUACAUCUCGUGGUGUACUUUAACGGGUGUUUGGAGAAGUCUCGUAUGCAGGAAUGGAUCAAACAACAGAACAACUGCAGGCAAACUGUGCACCAAAUUCUCUCACAUGUUCACAGUAAAAAUACUCCGCCGCCGCGAAUGUGGUUUGUUCCGCCAGUAGCAUUAGAAACCUUUAUUCGACUUGCCUUACUACAGUGUGGUAUCUCAGUCACUACAAGUGUCUAUGACCACAUGCAGGAGGUGAUGGGUCAUUGCCGUGACUAUGGUUACCAUGGCAUCAUUGCACAAAACUCAGAGUACUGCAUCUUUGAUCCACCAAAAAUGUUCUCUUCCCAUCAAAUGAAGUUGACCAGAAGUGGUAAUUUAUUGACCACCCAGUAUCUGAUGGACGAAGUGGCUAAAGAACUUGAUUUGAAUCCCAAUCGGAUGGUUGUGUUUGCUGCCCUCAUUGGUAACCAUAUUGUACCUGAUGAAGACUUGGCUCUGUUUCACUGGUUUCUGCUGGGCCCUGGACACCCUCUUGCUGGAUUAAAGGCCCGAACUCAUCAACUGGUGAUGCCCCCCACUGAUACUGUGAUACAUGCAGUUGCAGCUUAUGUGCGGAAUCUUCCAAGUGUUGAUGAUCUAGAUGCUAUUGCUCGUGACGUUUUCCAGAAUUCUCAAUUUUCCUUGGAAGAUAAAAUCACUCGUUUCAAACAAUGUGUCCAUUAUUAUUACGCUGGAACAAGACAAUUCUGGAAACAGAAGAGAAAUGCCAGGCCUCCAAUGAUGGCAUUUACACCAGGGGGUGUAUAUUACAGGGAUCCAGAAGAGACUGGUUACAGAGAUCCAGCAGAAACCCAGGGUUGGCAGCCACCAUUCAGUGAAAUUACAGGUGCCAAUGCUAUGGGUAUACCACCACAGCCACCAGUACCGCCAAAACAGCAGCUGUCAUCGGCACCCCAGAUUGUAGUACAACCGCCUGAACAGACUCGGACCAACCUGGAAAGUGCUUUUGAGUCUGAGAUGGAAACUCGCAUAGAAGAAGACUUAGAGAAACACAUGGAUGAUUUGACACUGAAAAGCAUUGAUGAUGAUUGUAUGAAUGCUAAUGAUACAUCUGAUCAAGAAAGAACAGUUAGUGCUUUGGAAAACCAACCACCACAGUCUGUUCCAGCGUAUAGUGGUGAAGUAGAGAAAACAAUACAAGGUGUGGAUCAGCUUUCAUCCUCUGACACCAGCAGUACAACCAGCACAAGUAGUAAUGGUACAUCAGGUAGUGAACGCAUCAUGCACGCUGGAUGGAGUGACCAAUCAGUACAACAUGUACCCAUGCAAACACCACCACACAGUCCUCAGAGUGCCUCAUCCACACCAGGAAGUCAUUCAUCAAGCUCUGGAAGCUCUACGACCAGUAUUCCGUCCCUCAUGUCACAGCCAAUACCACCCUGUAUGGUAGUCAGUGUGCCUAAACUGCCAAUGGUAUCUUCAGAUGUCCUUAGGAUAGCUCGUCAUCGUCAUCAAGAAGGACUGAUGAUGUCUCAGCUCUUCCAAGUACUACAACAUGGUGAGAUUAAGAUACCCUGCUCACUUGAGGAUGAAACCAGUCGAGAGCUUCCUUCAUCAGCCUUAUUAUUCCGACUCAUCCGUCAGUAUGUGUACGGCAUACUGUUUAGUGUACAGCAUCUCAAUGACAGGAAGAAAAGACAACAAAAACCUACCAAGUAUAGAAGACAGGUGAUAGUAAAAGAGUGGUGUGUUCGUAAAGACAGUUCAAUCCAGAAACCUGACCUUGUAGAGGCUGUAGCCCUUCCCUGGCCUAUCCCGCCAUGCAGACAGUUAUGGCUUGGUAAAUCAUUACAAGAUAAGAAUAUCCGUACUCGUGCCUUUCUGUCAUGCAUGCUUAGUGACACGCCUGGUAUGAUGAAGAAUUCAUAUGUGCCAAGACAUGCAAUUAUACUUUGUACUGUUCUAAGGUACAUGUUACAGUCUAAAUAUCCUGUUUUAAGACGUCAUGAACUUGAUGCUUUCCUAGCACAGAGUGUUUCACCCAUGUUGAACGAUCCAAAUGCACUACAAGAUUUACAGAUUCCACAAAUACCACCUCGUGGUAUACAGUUAGCAGCCAUGUUCAUGCGAGGUGUUGAGGCAGCGUUGACGGCUAAUGAUGCCUGUGGGGCACCUGUUCCAUGGAGUAAUUGCUGUCCUUGGCUUUACUUUGAUGGCAAAUUAUUUCAGUAUAAAUUAUAUAGAGGCAGUCAGUGUAAGAAUCUGAAGGAGGUCUGUGACAACCAGAUGGAUCAAGUUGGUAAAGUGGAGCGUAUGCGUCAGGUGAUAAUGGAGGGAAUAUCUGAUAAUUUAAUAUUUGCAAAGCCAUCAUUGCCAAAGAUGAUGAACAGUUCUCCCUAUGGUUAUCCAAUAUAUCCACCUAGUUACAGACCAGCUGGUUCAAUGCCUCAGCCUAGACCUCGUAGUAUGCCAGGUAAACCUGUAAAUAAUCGUGGGGGGAAAUUGGAGAUAGCCGGUGUGGUGGUUAGUGAGUGGGCUGGUAGCAGGUCCAAUAUGGGAAGAGGUCAUGUGGCACCUGGCUAUGUGACUGGACAUCGAAGGGGAGGAUAUGGAAUUGUAUCGAGUGGUGCUGUGAGAGGUCGUACACGAGGUGGUCAAGCUGGAGCAGUUGGUAGAGGGAGAGGUAAUAACUAUUCCAGACAUGGUGCUAAAACUGUCACUCUUUUGGGUAACCAAGAUGCUGCUAAUAAAGUAAGUAUUCAAACAUUAUCUCUGCUCUGGAUGCAAUUAUCUUGUCCAAUUCAAAAUCGCUAUUUUAAUGAUAAAACAUAG